GCAGGGGUUGGGUUACAGCUGAAGAAGUGCUUGAAACAAUGAAGACGUGUGUGUUUUGUUACUAAUGAUGGCAGUAAAGUAAAUGAUGUAAUUAAAAGAAUAAAAAAUACAGUGAGUGAUAGGCAUGUUGUACAGAAAAAAAUAAUGAACUUCUACAAAAUUGUAGGAGAGAUAUACUGCAACAGUUGUUAGAGAAUGGGCACAUUUAACAGACUUGGAAAGGGAGUCACUGUCAAAAAUGAAUAAUUACUUUUGCGGAUUACAUUUUAUAGUCGGGUUGGCAGACCAGGCGGGACAAACAUUGUAAGUAUGGGAUGGUAUUCAAUGGAGAACAGGUAGGGGCACAGAAGGUUGGAGUGGCGCCAAAAGGUGGGGAAUGUGGGAUAGUUCGGUUAGUAAGAACGGUGUGUAAAUCGAUUCAAGACAGAGGAUGUGAAAAAUCAGGGAAGCCCGUACAUUUCAGAACUCAGUUUUUAACUGGGUGUAGGGUUUUGGGCCUAGUAAAUAAGUUUGUAACAGCCCCAUUGUGGCGAGUAUUGGAGGGUAAGGAGAGAAUAACGACCAUGGACGAAAGAUACAAGAUCAUGUCAAAAUUUGAAGAAUGGGCAGUUGACUCAUCGCCAUUAUUGGACGGCACAGCCGUGUUAUUCCACGAUAUACCAGUUCAAAGAGAUGAAAUAUAUGAAUCACUUCUCACAGGAGCCGAUGCAGUUACAAAACAAGUUCUACCCCUUUCAUAA